AUGGCCGCUGCUUCGUUCGCCAGCUUCCUCUCCUCCCCAACAAUCCGCCUCAUUCUCCCCACCACCACCGAGGAUAAAACAUACACCAUCCACCGCUCCCUUCUCGCGUCGCAAACCGCCCUCCUAAAAUCCCAGCGCACCCGCAGCGCUUAUAUUCUUCUCGACCAGUCAACCGUCUCCGUCCCCACCGUCGAGCAGGCCCUCGAGUACCUCUACACCGGCGACUACGCCCUGCCCGCUCAGGAUGCCGCCCAGGAGGAGGAAGAAGACAAAGCGACGCUCCUCGAGACAACGCGACCCGCCGCGCACCUCCCACAGAACUCGCCACUGCUUGCUGCCGCGAUGGCGGGAUCGAUAGGUAUAUGGGGGAAAGCGGCGCCGCGCUUUGACGUAGCCGAGAACACAAGCACCUACACGUCGAUAUACUUCCCAGCCGAGGAUAAGAGGAAGAAGGUGCAGCUUGUAACCAGUGGUGAGGGCUUUGAGGGCAAGAAGGAGGCGGCGCAUACACUGCUGCCGUCACCACCGGCAUCGCCAGUGUUCCAGGCUUACGAACCAGUUCUGUCGCUGAAGGGAGCGUCGAAGAAACUCGAGGAGCAGAAGACGCCGGUGGAGGUAGUGCCAUACGAUGUGGCGUGCUUGAGGGCGCAUAUUGCAGUGUGGAGGUUUGCCGAGGCGCCCUGUGUCGGGAUUCCAGGGUUGGCAAAGCUUGCGCUGGAGAAGUUGACUUUGUUGUUUGAGGAGGCGGCGGGGGAGAAGUUGACGAGGCUUGUGGAAGAGAUGGUGGGGGCUGUCUUUGAUGGAGAGAAAGAGGAGACGGUAUUGAGGACAUUUGUGGUGGGGAAGGUCGUGUGCAGGAUCGCAGAGCUAAGCAGGAGAAAGGAGUUUAAUGAGUUCAUCCGCAGGGGGGGCGAGUUUGUCGUUGAUGUUUUGGGGAGUCUGGCUGACGUCAGGGACGGCUGCUGA